UAUUUUACAAUUUCUUAGAUGAAUAAUAUAAUUUAUAAAAGCAAUUAUAUUGCGUUAUAUUUAAAAUGCCAACUGUAAUACUACUAGAUGUAUCUCUGUCGAUGUCGCGGCCGGUGCCGCUUACAGAUAACCCUGAAAACCACACAAGAUACACAAUAGCAACUGCAGCUAUAAACACAUUUCUAGAUUAUUUGGCUAUUCACGCUAAACUAGAAUACGUUGCUUUGGUCACGUUUUCUUCGGUAUACGAAGUGUCGGUUCCAUUUACCCGGGAGUAUGAUAGCAUAAAAGCCAAAUUGCCAACAAUUGAAGAAGGGGAUAAAACAUGUAUAGAGACAGCCUUGCAGGGUGUGAACCAGAUAGUUUUGAAUGAAUGGGGCUACCAGACACCUGUGCAAAUUAUUCUGAUUACAGAUGGAAGUGUUGGUGUUGGCCCUGUCGGCAGAAAUCGCAUCAUUUCAACUCUGCCGCUACCACCGACUUAUCCACUAAAACUGCAUGUCCUACCAGUUGUUUCACCUCAUGAUGUCACCUUACAACAAGCAAUGCCUUUGUAUCAAAAGCUUGUGGAUCUUGCUGGCAAUGUUGGUAACAACUCUUCUGGCAACUUGUCAAGAGGUGCCAUUUACUGCCCAGAUCAACUGAGUGUGCCUGGAGUUAUAACAGCAAUGACUCGUCUAUGUGAGCAGCAAUACCAGGAGUUUUGGUGUUCACUCAAGUGUGGACAGUUGGAGGCCAAAGUCCAGCUGUUUCCAGCCCCGCAGCCGGCCUCACAUGAUGGGCUCGCUGCAAGCUACACCCUGUCGCAGCAACUACAAGUUAUUGGGUUUCUUAAUCAGCAAGACCUAGGUACUCCAAUAGCUUUAAGUAAACAUCUGGUCAUACCACAAGUUCAGGGAAACAUUCCCAACAGAGACCACUACGAUCCUAAAACACCAACAAAGGAAGGGACAAGUACAGAAGGCACUUCUACUGAAGACGACAUAUCGGAUCCCAGUAAAGUCCCCAACUUCUGUGUUCUACUGCAUGGUGCUUUAAAAGUGGAGGGCAUGGCGGCCAUAGUCCUACUGGGCCCCGAGUGGUGGGGCACACUCAGCGCGUGGUGCGAGGUGUCGCGCGCGCGCCGCUCCUGCUUGCUGCUCAGUAUACUGCGCCCCGGGGCCUCCGCCGCGCCCUGGUUGGGGGCCCUCGAUCAGCUGGGGCCCGCGGAUGAUAACGCUACGCCUACGGAGACGUUCCCGGUGCGUUCUUGGCGGUCCUACAGCGGCGGCGGGUCGGGGUGUGCGUGGGCUCGGCCGCACGCGCUGCUCGCUGACGUGCAGAAGGUGCUCCGACACGCGCGCAAACUGCCCGACAAAACACAACACCUGUUCAAGGAGCUAAACCGUCUCCGACGAGCGGCUAUUUCUCUGGGAUUCUCGGAGCUGCUGACGUGCGUCGGCGCCGCGCUGAAGCGGGAGAUCGCGGCGCUGCCCUCCACCGCGCCGCCGGAGUGCGCACUGCAGCUCGCGCACGCCGCCGCAGCCCUGCGUGACCCACGAAACGCCCUCGACAUCAAACACACGCUCACCCCGCUCACCAGUAACUUCAGUGUCUCCUCUAUGUCACAUUAGAAUAUUAGGAUAAUAAAUAUUUUUAUACU